AUGUCCUGCUGCAGCCCGUGCCGGCCCUGCCAGCCCUGCGGCCCCACCCCGCUGGCCAACAGCUGCAAUGAGCCCUGUGUCAGGCAGUGCCAGGACUCCACCGUGGCCAUUCAACCCUCGCCCGUGCUGGUGACCCUGCCUGGCCCCAUCCUCAGCUCCUUCCCACAGAACACUGCCGUGGGAUCCUCCACCUCUGCUGCUGUUGGCAACAUCCUCAGCACUCAGGGAGUGCCCAUCAGCUCUGGGGGCUGUGACCUGUCUGGCAUUUACAGCUGCUGCUAUGGCAGAAGUUCCCUCCGCUGGAGAAGAUGCAAGAGGAGCCUGGUGGAGACCAUGCGUCUCAUGUCCCUGUAA